AUGGCUUCCAAAGAAGAUGGACAGACCUCUAAAGCAAAGUCUCUUCAUAAGGCUUCACAAUCUCAUGCAACCGGACCUUCAACUGAGACAAACUCAUCAUCACCUAAAAUUGACAUGGUUGCAUCCAACUAUGCUGCACUUCUUAACACUCAAGAACAACCCAAAGAAGUCGGUGUUAUAGUUGAAUAUUUGCAAAAGUUCCCAUUGGCAUAUGCACUCAUUUCUACUUCUCCAACUCCACAAUCUCUUAUCACAGAAGUCUUUCAAUCAACAGUCAUCUCCACAAGAGCAAGUUUAGGUCUAAGCGAUAUUUCUCAUCAACCUCAGACAUUUGUCACACCAUCUUCUGCUCAAUUGUUGACAAUGUUCAAGGAAAUGGGGUACAAAUUUGAAGACAAAACAGAACCAUGCCUUUCAAGAAUUCGGAAAUCUUGUCUUCCCACCUCAUGGCAUUUUCUCAGUUCCGUCCUCACUGGAUGUCUUUUCGGAUCAGUUAGUGGACGCAGUCGCGAAGAUUUCCUCAAUUUUCUCCCUGAUUCAAAGAAUAAGUUUUUGAUUCAUCAUCCUCGUUGGUGGUCUAUCAUUAUUAAUGAUGCCAUCCACAAUAGUAAUCUUGCACCAGGAUGGAUUCCAGAAGGCCCACAGCCACAUUUCUUGUGUAUGAAACCAUAUCGGAUUCGUACGACAUCUGAAUCUGAUUCUUCCCAUCCACUCAUCCUUCCAGAUGAUAUACUUACAAAGCUGGAUGAAAACAGUGCCUCUCUAUGCUCAUAUCAAAAAUACAUCCAGGGAAUUAUUUUGCCUCCCAAAAAUAAGAGGAAGCAUUCCGAUCAUGCAUCCAAGAAGUUGGCAAAGAAGAAAAAGAUAUCAAAAUCAAAUCAACCGCCUCCUAUCCCAUCUCUAGUCAUCUCUAAUGAUAAUCUUGGAGCAGAUUUAGAUGAGCCCACAUCUCCUCCUAAAUCUGGUACAUCCUCUAAGCCACACUCUUUCUUAGAUUCCUUGUUUCAGGCUCCAUCUGAUUAUGAUGAACCAUCCUCCCCAGCUCCAGUUUCAGCAACAUGCUUUCAGUCAGUUCUAGAAAUCCCAAGCAAUCGUGUUUCCUUGGAUUAUGACUCACUUGAGGACGAUGAUCAAAAUGGUGAAAAGCAGAUUGAACCUGAAGAUCUUCCUAAAAGCUCUCCAGUAGAAGAUAAUCAAGAUGAAGAUACUUCAAUGCAAACGGUAGACAUACCUACCAGUGAAGGACUGGUAGUUGAUGAUGAACCACAUGACAUGUCCAUUGUUCUUUACUCCAACGCACCUACCAGGACUUUCAGCAUUGAUCUUGAUGACUACUCUCCUCCAACUCCAAAAGAGUCUCAAGAAAAGGAUGAUACUCCUAAAGAAACAGAUGAAGCAAAUACCACCGAACCAGAGCCUGAGCGCAUCAGACUUACUGCCCAAAUGUUGCUAGUUGAUGAAGUCAAGUAUAUCAAGACACAAUCUUCCUCUUCUCCUCUAUGUGCUCUUCAAUUAAAGGUUGCAUCGACUGAUUCCAAACUUGAAUUGAUCUUAGCAAAGCUAUAUGGUUCAAAUGACAGGCCACCUGAACCAGAGGCGGAAAUACUCAACAAGAUCAGAUCAAGUCAGUCUCCUGUCAUACAUCACAUUCCAGACUCACCAAAUGAGUUUGAGAAAAGGAGACCAGAGAAAACAGAGUAA